UGAUUUCCCUGCACCGUCUUCCCUCGUUCGCUCCUGCAAUAAACCCUCGUCGGAAAAGAAUCGCGGAAGUAGCCGCUGGAGUUUCCCGGCGAAGGCAUCCGAAACACCCUUUUUCCUCACCCUUCGAUUGUACUUGAAGGCCUUGAAGAAAGAAGAAGAAGAAGCGAAGAAGUUGCGACAGGCGCUUGUAUGGAUUGGAAUUAGGUGAAAUCCUGCUUAAAUCGUGGUCAAACCCUGCUACCAAACUGCCCUUAAGGAACAGGACCCUGCAGUGGUCUGUUUGGUUUGGCGGUAGGAGCAUGAUGCGGGGAGCGGUUGCGAAUCGCGGCCGUUUGGUUCAGCGGUACGAGUGCGAUGGGACGCCGUUUUGCUGAAACGCAAGCCGUGAAUUGAACCCCACGGUCUGCGUUCGAGCGAUGCUUAUUACGCAGACUACCCCUCCUUGACCAUCUUGAUGAAUAAUUCAAAUGUCUCUAUGAUGGAACAUGAGAAUAGCGCAAUGUCCUCAGAAAUUAAUCAGGUGGAGACUUCUCCAGAUUUGUUAAAGAACACUCCUUCUAACAUAGCCAGGUUGGAGGAUUUGAUUGAACAAUGCAAGGGUCGCCAAAAAUACCGUGCUCAGACAAGGAGCCCUUCUGAUGGUGAAAAUGUUCGUUGGUAUUUCUGCAAAAUUCCUCUUGCUGAGAGACAGCUUGCAGCUUCUGUUCCUCUCACCGAGGUUGUGGGGAAAAGUGAUUAUUUCAGAUUCAGUGUGAGAGAUUCUCUUGCACUUGAGGUUUCUUUCUUACAGAGAGAGGAGGACAUGCUCUCUUAUUGGUGGAAGGAGUUUGCGGAGUGUAGUGAAGGUCCACAUGGAUCUUAUAGAACUUCAGACUCUUCAGCUUGCAGUGGAUGGGACGAAUUAUAUGUUGUUGAAGAGGAGAGAGUUGGUGUACCUGUAAAAGGAGGCCUUUAUGAGGUUGAUUUAUUUAGGCGGCACAGUUUCCCAGUAUAUUGGAAUGGGGAAAAUCGUCGAGUUUUGAGAGGCCAUUGGUUUGCUCGAAAAGGGGGUUUAGAUUGGUUUCCUGUACGUGAAGACCUUGCAGAGCAGCUGGAGUUUGCUUAUCGGUGUCAGGUUUGGCAUAGGCGGACAUUUCAGCCUUCAGGCCAAUUUGCGGCCCGUGUUGAUUUGCAAGGAGUGACACAGGGCUUGCAUGCUCUUUUCACUGGGGAGGAUGAUACAUGGGAGGCUUGGUUGAACUUUGAAGCAUCUGGGUUUAGUCUAGGACAAGGGAGUGGAAUUAAAUUGAGACGUGGUUUUCAAUCAUCUGGUUCUCUAAAACCAACUCAAGAUGAGCGGCGCCAGCGAAAGGAGGAAGAAAUGGACGACUACUGCUCUCAAGUUCCAGUUGGUCAUCUAGUAUUUAUGGUUCAUGGUAUUGGACAAAGGCUGGAGAAGGCUAAUUUGGUUGAUGAUGUUGGUGAUUUUCGUAGGAUAACUGCUAGUCUUGCUGAAAGGCACUUAACGGCACACCAGCGAGGCACUCAGCGAGUUCUCUUAAUUCCUUGUCAGUGGAGAAAAGGAUUGAAACUCAGCGGUGAAAGUGCUGUUGAUAAAAUUACAUUGGAUGGUGUUCGGAGUCUUCGUGUUACACUAAGUGCAACAGCUCAUGAUGUUUUAUAUUAUAUGAGCCCUAUAUACUGCCAAUAUAUCAUCGAUUCGGUGUCCAAUCAGUUAAAUAAAUUGUACGCUAAGUUUAUGAAGAGAAAUCCACACUACAAUGGGAAGGUUUCUUUAUAUGGUCAUUCAUUAGGAAGUGUUCUAUCUUAUGACAUCCUUUGUCAUCAAGAAUGUUCGACUUCCCCCAUUCAUCAAGAAUGUUCAACUUCCCCCAUUCCUAUGGAUUCUGUGCACACGAGAAAUAAUGCUGAACAGGAACCACAAAUUGAUGUGCCCCGCCCUUCCUUUAUUUAUGGUGAAGCUUCUGUUCAGGAGAUUGAUGAAACCAAAGUCUCUUGUAGUUCCUUAGAGCAUCAUGCUACAGCUCCUCUUCCCACAGAAAAUUUUACUGAUGAUUCCCUGAAGCCUAUUGGUUUUCCAAUUGUUAAUGAUGAAUCGCUCAAUCUUCUUGAAUUAACUUCAGACAAGCAGCAAUAUGAUAAUACACAACCGCUGGAUGCUUGCGACGAGAAAUCUAACACAAAAUUGAGAAGUAAAUCAUGUACUGCAGAAAUUGAUUCUAAUGCAUUAUUUGAUAGUAUGGAAGAAAGUCCUGGAGAAAGUGGGGCUAAAACUGCUGAUCUGUUGGUUAAAGAUGUUAUAGGCAAGGACAAUCUGAUCUCCUUGUUGAGAGAAGAGGUGAAGUCUCUUCAAAUAAGGAAUGCAGAACUAGAACAACAAAUUGAUGCUUUGAAUGGAAAUAGAGUUGGAUGUAGCAAAAGUCAAUCAUCCUUGGAAAAGUCCGAGGAAGAUGCUACAAAAAAGAGUUACACACCCUACAUUAGAUAUACUAAACUUGAUUUUAAGGUUGAUACAUUUUUUGCAGUUGGAUCUCCGCUUGGCGUCUUCCUUUCCCUUCGUAACAUCCGCAUAGGCAUAGGCAAGGGACAAGAUUAUUGGCAAAAUGAGAAUAUUUCUGAGGAGAUGCCAUGUUGCCGGCAGAUGUUUAAUAUUUUUCAUCCUUUUGAUCCUGUAGCAUACAGAGUAGAACCACUUAUUUGCAAAGAGUACGUCAGCAAGCGGCCUGUUAUUAUACCAUAUCACCGGGGAGGAAAGAGGUUGCAUAUAGGACUUCAGGAAUUCAGUGAGGAUGUAGCAGCACGCUCUCAAGCCAUGGUGAAUAGCUUGAAAUCCUUAAAGGUUAAAAUGAUUAAUGUGUUUCAAUCAAAACAUGAGUAUACUUUGGAAGUUGAAGAUAAUCAAGAAAAAGAACAAUCAUAUGGCGCCGCCAUGAUUGAAAGACUGAUUGGACACACGAAUGGUAGAAUUGACCACGUCCUUCAGAGUAAAACAUUUCAGCACCCAUACAUAUUAGCUCUUGGGUCCCACACAAAUUAUUGGCGUGAUCCUGACACUGUUCUUUUCAUUCUUAAACACCUGUACCGUGAUAUUCCUGAAUCCCUUCAUGAAGAAACGAGUACUGGCAGUUCGCAUAUUAGCAAUGGAGAAGAAACUCCUUUCUACGAGAAGGAUUUUCUCGAUGAAGAUUUUUCUUUGACAUUUUCAGAUCCUUUAUGGUUCAGAGAUUUUUGUAAGAAAUCAGAUAAAGCUAUGCCAUACCCUUCAGAAGCGGACGGGUAAAUGCAUGUAUUGUAUCGCGAACUCGUCCCAGGCAUGUAAUCCGCUGUUCUGUGAUAUUCUCGCCAUCUACAUAUUAUCAAAAAAUCACUCAAGAGAGGUAUGUGAUCCGCUGUUCAAGUCAUUUGCGUGCAUUAAGAUUAACUUUCUGUGUUUUGUAACAUGGAAGUGAGUGGUGAAGCAAAUGGGUUGUAUUUGUAUAUUCUUUAUUAUAGUUAAUAACAAAUAUCCACAUUGAACCCUUCAUGUAAACUACUGUAAGUAUUUAUAGAUAUCCACUCUGAAUACUAAAGAAACUAACAAAGAAUU